CAUCGUUGGAUUGCGGACUGGGAAAAAUAAGAGACUUGGCAAUCCAUCCUGUUCGCUGGCUUCAUCAACCCCCCCAUUAUUGCCGCAUCCAACCGCUGAAAAGGAAGCCGGCAUCUCUGCCUUUGGGAUUUGACUCGUCCUUCUCCAAUCGCCUUCUGGCCCUCACGAACAAGCACAUGCAUGCUUGUUCCCUCCUGCGCCGCCGUCUACCUCCAUCCUCGGCCAAUUCCAUCAAGUUCGCGUCGGACAGACUCCUGCAUUCAGGACGUGCACAGAUCUUCCCACCGUGGUACUCUAAUCAAAGUCCUCUGAUUUGGUCUGGAUCCUUCAGACGACCCUUCUCCACUUCGCCGUUGUCACAACCUUACAAACCGAGGGAAGCUUCGUCGUUCUGGUCAGUCACAUUCACCCUAUUUCUUAUCGGAGCAGGCGCCUGGCUGCAGGAUAAAUACCGCAAGUCGGGAGGCGAUAUCCCUACGAUUUUCGACGCUGUUGAACCUUUGCAAGAGUCGCAAGUACCCUUUCUCGGAGUCAUUGAAACCCUAAAGACAAUGCCUAUGGAUCUACCACCUGGGACCGUGGGGAAUCUCACACCAGAGCAGGAAGCCAAGCUACAAGAGCUUUGGGUCCUGCUGCUGAAGGUCUGCGGUGUCAAUCUGGAUGCUGUUGAGCUGGUCCAAAAGCAGAACGGCGACGCUGCUGCUGCGGCGGCAAGCCAGCCCCAAGAUAAGAAGAAGCAGUCUAAACGGAGUCGGUUCGGUCUUUUCGGGCGGAGCAACACGGAUGAGGAGGAAGAUAGCGCUAGCGACAAGGGAACCAACGGGAUCGCUUCGAGUCUCGCUUCUAUCAGCAUCGCCGACGGAGAUGACAAGUAUGGACAGUCAAAAGAGUUCCAGCAGGCUCUUGUGGAUAUGAAGCCUGAGGAGAUUCGGGUGACUCUUUGGAAUAUGGUUAAGCAUGACAACCCCGAUUCUCUGCUUUUGCGAUUCCUGCGCGCGCGAAAGUGGGACGUCAAAAAUGCUCUGGUCAUGUUGGUCUCUACGCUUCGCUGGAGACUGCUGGACGUUAAGUUGGAUGAGGAUAUCAUGAGGAAUGGCGAGCAAAGUGCCCUGAAGAAAUCUCAGAGUUCUGAUCCCGCUGAGAAGAAGGCCGGUGAAGACUUUUUGUUGCAGAUGCGCAUGGGUAAAAGUUUCCUCCAUGGUGUGGACAAGCUUGGCCGUCCGAUCUGCGUCGUUAGAGUGCGCUUGCACAAAGCCGCCGACCAGGAGACAGAAGCCUUGGACCGGUUCACGGUGUACACUAUUGAGACCGCUCGAAUGAUGCUUGCGCCUCCAGUUGAAACAGCUUGUGUUGUCUUCGACAUGACCGACUUCUCCUUAGCAAACAUGGAUUAUCAUCCGGUGAAGUAUAUGAUCAAGUGCUUUGAAGCCAAUUAUCCGGAGUGUCUGGGAGUUGUCUUGAUUCACAAAGCUCCUUGGAUCUUCUCAGGUAUCUGGAAUAUCAUCAAGGGCUGGCUCGACCCUGUCGUCGCCUCUAAGAUCCAGUUCACCAAGAAUGUCCAAGAUCUGGAGAAGUUCAUUCCCAAAGAUCGCAUUAUGAAAGAGCUCGAGGGUGACGAGAACUGGGCCUACAAGUAUGUCGAGCCCCAGCCCGAUGAGAACAAGCCUCAGGAGGACAGUGCCAAGCGCGACGAAUUGCUGGCCGAGAGACAGCAGCUGGCGCAAGAGCUUCAAGGCGCCACCAUCGACUGGAUCUCUUCGACAAUAAAAAAGGACGAGAGCGCCCUCAAGGCGGCGGUAGACAGAAGAAAGGACCUGAUCGAACGCUUAAGGGUCCAGUACUGGCAGCUUGACCCAUACGUUCGAGCCACUUCCUUGUAUGAUAGACUAGAUGUCAUCCAAGGUGAGGGUAAGAUCGAGUUCUAUCCCACGAAGAGCAAGGUUGAGGGAAACGCACUUAACGGCGAGAAGGCCGAGUGAUACACUCCACGCCUUGGUAUACGAUAGACUGCUAGAGUGUGUUGAUAGAAGACUACUUGUUAUAAUAACGCUCACAUUGGUGAGGCAUGUACAUACAGCUUCUACUUGUCUGUCAUGAAGCAUGUAUAUUUGGAUUGCGGGGUUCUCCUAGUGGUUUCAAUGGAGCAAUGGACUAUUCUUGAUAGAUGCAAUCGACCCACAGAAGCUAGGUAUAGUCAUACGUUAUAGCUACAGAAUGUACCGUACAGU